GGCCGGGGCAUCCGUGGAAGGAACAGGUGGCGCCGACGCAGCGCGGCUCAUUCAUUGCCUAAGCGCGGCGCUCCCUGGGUCGUCCCUCCCUCCCUCUUCCCUUCUCUUGGGAUUCACCUGUCCCCGCCCGGCCGGGUCACUGAACGAGGUGUGAGGGGAGGAAGGAGUCCAGCGGAGGAGGGGAAGACUCGCGAAUGACUGCCUCCAGCAGUUGGUGGCACACUUCAGACUGCUGCUCCUUGGCCUGUCUUGUUCCCUCCUUUCUGGAGUAAGGGAAGAGCAUUUAUUUCUUAGUUUCCGAGCGGGAAACAGCCGCACCCCAUCACCCCUCGGGAGGUGGGGCCCAUCGCGAGGGGGCGGUCCGGUAGGAAGUAAAAAGUUAUCAGUCUUUAGUACUAGACACAGACUUUUCAAGUGUGUAACGCUAGGGAGAAAACUUAGCAUCAGAGAAAAGAGAAUGUGAGAACUUUUGCGAUGGAGCUUGUUUAGUUAGGCUAGCUCAAACAUAUUUCCUACCUUUCUAACAUGUUCAGUUUGCCUUUUUAAAAAAACCUUUAACGCAGUGAUGUUUGGAGGACUGUUAACAUUGUCGAGUGUGGCCUGUAGCCUUGGCGCUAUAAUUAAUACAUUGUAGCAUGUUUUUUGGCAUUUUAGCGUGUGGGUUGCCCUUUUCAUGCAAACAUUUUUUUAAUGAAAGAAUUAACUGUAUUUGCGCAGCUUAAGACUUAAAAUUUGGGGCGUGUGUUAUAGAAGUGUUAGUUUUCUCUCCUAUAAUUAGAAUUUAUUUUAUUUGUUUGAAAAAAAUGGAAGUACUUUGGGGAUUCAGUUUUCCUACAAAUAAAAAAGUGAUCUAUGUCGAACUUUGUUAUUACAAAAAUAUCCAUGUGCCCAAUAUAUCUAGUUAAUUCAUGUUGAAAAACAUGAGCAAGUCAUGUCUAAAACUGUGUAACUCUUGAUUAACUUGAAAUCCUUAUUUUUUCUUUUAGGACUAAGUGGAGUGUAGGUGGAACUGUUGCAUAGUUUUACAACAUCAGUUUAUUUACUUUUAAACAUUUUAAAAGACUAAUUGACUAAUUGGUGUGUAGGACUAUUUAGGAUAGCUUUAGGAAUUUUUAGGAUAGCAAUUUAUCUUUAAUCUCCUCCAACUCUUUAUAUUGAAAAAAUUCAAACUGAAAAAGGAAGAGUGCAAGGAACACUCAUAAGUCUUUUACCUAAGUUUAAUAAACAUUUUGCCAUAUAUGCUUUCUUUCCUUAUAUAUGUAAAACAUAUAAGGUGCAGACAUAAUACUUCAUCCCAUAAUAUUUUAGCAAACUUCUCCUAAGAAGGACAUUUUCCUGUUUAACUGUAGUACCAUUAACAAUUAUUCCCUGUAUUGCCUAAUAUCCAGUUGGUAUUCAGAUUUUCACAUUUGUUUGGGUAGCACUUUUUUAAAAUAAAACUAUUGCAAUAGUUGUACAUUCAUACAUAGUCAUAAGAAAUAAUAUCUUUUAAUCUUUACCCAAUUCUCCCCAAUACUGAUGCCUUCCAAAACCGUAGUUCAAUGUCACAACAUUGAUACAAUCUACCAAAUCUUAUUCAGAUUUCCCCAAUUUUACUUGUGCUCAUUUGUGUGUAUUUAGUUUUGUGCAGUGUUAUCACAUGUAGAUUCUAUACCCACCACUGGCACAAUCAAGAUACAUGUAACAGUUCAUUCGGCUCAAGAAUCCCUGUGUUGCCUUUUUAGAACCACAACCACCUCCCUCCCACUCCCUUUGCCCCUCAACCUCUGGCAUCCACUAAUCUGUUCUCUAUUUCUAUAAUUUUGUCAUUUUAAGAAUGUUUAAUAAAAGGAAUCAUACAGUAUAUAACUUUUUGGAAUUAGCCUUUUUUUAUUCAACACAAUUGCCUUGCACUUCACCCAGGUCGUUGUCUGUAUCGAUAGUUUAUUCCUUUUUAUUGCUGAUUAGUAGUCUCUGAUAUGGAUGUACCACAGUUUGUUUAACCAGUCAUAGGAUAGCAAGUUUUGAUUAAGUAUCUAAAGCAAUAAUUUUAGUUGUGAAGGAGGGUAAAAGCUUUAAAUUCCUUGCUAAAAUCAAAGUGCUAAAAAAUUUAUUGUGAUAAAAAAAAAUUUAUUGUGAUAAGGCAUAUGCAAAAGAUAAAGAAGUUCUGAGAAAUUUGAAAAUCAGUAAAUGAAGAAAGGGGAAUAUAAUGUCCUUAUUGAUCUCUUACAUUAGAAAUGAAGAAAAUGUUACUAACCGAAAGGAUAGUUAGCAUUUGCUUUUCUGAAAGCUUCUGCUUCGUCAGCUUUUAUAGUAAUUUGUUAUGUUUUUAAGCUCCCCCCCGCCCAAUAAUCAGAAAAACUGGACAUACCCUGUUGUUUGUUGUUGUUAGGUGCCAUCAAGUCGGUUCCGACUCAUAGCGACCAGAGCUCUGUACGACAGAACAAAACACUGCCCGGUCCUGUGCCAUCUUCUCAAUCGUUCCUGUGUUUGAGCCCAUUGUUGCAGCCACUGUGUCAAUCCAUCUCAUUGAGGGUCUUCCUCUUUUUUGCUGACCCUGUAUUUACCUAGCAUGAUGUCCUCUAUGGACUGAUCCCGCCUGAUAACAUGUCAAAAGUACAUAAAACACUAAGUCCUGCCGUGCUCUCUUCCAAGUAGCACUCUGGCUGUACUUCUACCAAGACAGACUUGUUUGUUCUUCUGACCAUUAAAAACCAAACCCGUUGCUGUUGAGUAGAUUCUGACUCGUAGUGACCCUAUAGGACAGAGUAGAGUACCCCUUAGGGCUUCCAAGGAGUGGCUGGUGGAGUCCAACUGCUGAUCUUUUGCUUUGCAGCUGAGCUUUUAAUCACUGGGCCACCAGGGCUCUGUUCUGUCAGUCCAUGGUAUAUUCAGUAUUCUCCGACACAAUAUUCUCUGAGACACAAUAUUCUCUGUCGAUACUGUAAUUAAAAGACAUCAGUUCUUCUUCCGUUUUCCUUAUUCAUUGCCCAGCUUUCACAUGCAUAUGAGGCGGUUAAAAAUACCGUGGCUUGGGUCAGGGGCACCUUAGUGCUCAAAGUGACAUCUUUGCUUUUUAACACUUUAAAAGAGGUCUUUUGUAGCACAUUAAUCCUAAUACCUUUAAUCAAGUGUUGCUUGGUCAGUGUUUUGAAAUCAUUACAGCGGCAUUCAAGUUUUAAGCUGUUUAUUUCUUAGUGGUACCAUACUUGUUUUUAGUAAACUUAAGUAGGAGAUGAAAUUAUUUGUAAUUUUUUUUUUUAAUUGAGACCUCAAUUUCAAAUUAAUGAAGAAUGUUUUUACCUUAAUUUUUCGAUAGCAAUUAGGGUUAGACAUUAGCUUGCAAAAAAUUCAUAGUUAUUACAGUGAAUUUAUCUGACUUGAUGUAGUCUAAUAUCUGAAAUUCAAUUUUGUUACAUAUUUGUCUCAUCUUUUUUUUCCAAAUUACUCUAAGUGCACUUUUUAGAGUCCUUCUUAAUUCUCACUCUUUUCAAGGUAGGGGAUAUUUUUAUUAAGGAGACAGACUAAGAUUAAGGUUAAGCAACUUGCUCAAGCUAAGCAGCUAGUGUUAGAGUCAGGAAACAAACUUUGUUUUUCCAGUGACGGUUACACCAUAGCUGUCUAGUGCUAACCUGCUUUUGAGGUGGCGGGGUUGCCGGGGGGAGGUGUGAAGGGAAGAGAGUUCUUUGUUAGGUAGAAGAGUUGUAAUAAUUAUUAGGUUGAACGUAUUAUAGGUAAAGAACUUCAUUAGAUUUAUUGCCUUGGAGAAAGUGGUGUUUACAGUAAAGGAUAGGUUAGAUUUAGUUGCAAAUGAAAGUAAAAUUGAGAAUUUUUAACAGGUAGGUUUCCUUAUGCACAUGGAAGGUCAGUUGAUUUAAACUAAAUUUCUUUGUGACACAAUUCUAGUUUUGCAACUAAACGUGCACAGUAGCUUGAAAUUAGUUUUAAUAGACUUUGCCUGUACUGCAUGUGUUUAAAAUAUGACAAAGAACAAAAAAUGGAAAUACGGCAUUAGUUUGUGAAAUCACUUCUUUUGUACAUAGUAGGUAAGCAUAUAUUUCACUUAGAAUACAUUUCUGUUUUAAGGUAUACUAGAAAAUGAAAUGCAGUUUUGCGGUAAUGCAAAUAUAAAAACCACAAUGCAUUUUUCAAAAGGCCUGUAAAAUUCUAGUAAGUAAAAAGCCAUUUGAUCAAAGUGUGUGUGUGUUUGUUUACUUUUUAAUUUCUGCCCUAAAUUCUUUCUGGCUUGAGGUGUAGUAUGAAUGAGCAAAUUAUAUUUUUGUUUUGAAUUGACAAAGCAUAUUUUUAAAUAUUGUGUCAGAGACCUGAAAUGUUUUCAAAAAAGGAUUCUUAUGGGUCAGGUGAGUAGGUUAAAAAUACUUGCUUGAGCAGAUUAUUUGGGGGAAUAACAUAUUCUGGUUAAAAAAAAAAGAAUACAGUUGUAGUUUUCAAUCGCAAACCAGAGCUGUUGUGUUUGAAUUGAUUCCAACUCAUAGCGACCCUGUGGGACAGAGUAGAACUGCCCCAUAAGGUUUCCAGGGAGCAACUGGUGGAUUUGAACUGUCAGCCUUUUAGUUGGCACCCAAGUUGCUAACCACUGCACCACCAGGACUAUAGAAGUAGACAAAACUACAUUUUUAGAAAAGUAGACAAAAGCUUAAGGCUCUGGAUUUAAUGUUUGAUUCUGUAGGUAUUUCAAAGUCUUGCAUCCUCCAGGGUCAUUAUUGGUACUCACACGAAUUAUUUGAUGAUAAUAGACUUGCCAUCCCAACUAUGGCUUUGAGCCACAGGUUAAAGGACAGUCCCCAGACAUGAUGCACUGCGUGUCUGGAGCACUGGAGAGCUACUGGGUGACCUGUCUCAAAUGAAGUGUAUCUUUUUCCUUAGUGUGCAUUCUUAUUUCCUGUAGUAUUUCUGUUCCUGAUGGCAUUGAUUCAAAUAUAUCAUUCUUGUUCAUAAAAGCAUUUUUGGACAUAGAAAUUUAGGUUAUAUAAAAGAUCAUAUACAAAAAAAGAUCAUAUACAAAGGGCCCCCACGUGUCUGUCACUUUGUCGUACUCUGGGGGCUUGUGUGUUGCUGUGAUGCUGGAAGCUAUGCCACCGGUAUUCAGAUACCAGCAGGGUCACCCAUGAAGGACAGGUUUCAGCUGAGCUUCCAGACUAAGACAGACUAGGAAGAAGGACCCGGCAGUCUACUUCUGAAAAGCAUUAGCCAGUGAAAACCUUAUGAAUAGCAGCGGAACAUUGUCUGAUAUAGUGCCGGAAGAUGGGCCCCCCAGGUUGGAAGGCACUCAAAAGAUGACUGGGGAAGAGCUGCCUCCUCAAAGUAGAGUCAACCAUAGUGACGUGGAUGGAGUCAAGCUUUCAGGACCUUCAUUUGCUGAUGUGGCACGACUCAGAAUAAGAAGAAACAGCUGCAAACAUCCAUUAAUAAUCAGAACCUGGGAUGUACGAAGUAUGAAUCUAGGAAAAUUGGAAACGGUCAAAAAUGAAAUGGAAUGCAUAAACAUCGAUAUCCUAGGCAUUAGUGAGCUGAAAUGGACUGGUACUGGCCCUUUUGAAUUGGACAAUCAUAAAGUCUGCUGUGCUGGGAAUGGCAACUCAAAGAGGAAUGGUGUUGCAUUCAUCGUCAAAAGAACGUUUCAAGAUCUAUUCUGAAGUACAAUGCUGUCAGUGAUAGGAUAAUAUCCGUACGCCUACAAGGAAGACCAGUUAAUACGACUAUUAUUCAAAUUUACGCACCAACCACUAGGGCCAAAGAUAAGAAAUAGAAGAUUUUUAUCAGCUGCUGCAGUCUGAAAUUGAUCGAACAUGCAAUCAAGACGCAUUGAUAAUUACUGGUGAUUUUAAUUCGAAAGUUGGAAACAAAGAAGAAGGAUCAGAGGUUGGAAAAUAUCGCCUUGGUGAUAGAAACAAUGCCGGAGACCGAAUGAUAGAAUGAAUGAAUUUUCUUCAUUGCAGAUACCUUCUUUCACCAACAUAAAGAGCGACUAUACACAUGGACCUCGCCAGAUGGAGCACACAAAUCAAACUGACUACAUCUGUGGAAAGAGACGAUGGAAAAGCUCAAUAUCAUCAGUCAGAACAAGGCCAGGGGCCGACUGUGGGACAGACCAUCAGUUGCUCCUAUGCAAGUUCAAGCUGAAACUGAAGAACAUCCGAGCAAGUCCAGGAGAGCCAAAAUAUGACCUUGAGUAUAUCGCACCUGAAUUUAGAGACCAUCUGAAGAAUAGAUUUGAUGCAUUGAACAGUGGUGACCGCAGACCAGACGAGUUGUGGAAUGCCAUCAAGGACAUCAUCCAUAAAGAAAGCAAGAGGUCACUGAAAAGACAGGAAAGAAAGAAAAGACCAAGAUGGAUGUCAGAGGAGACUCUGAAACUUGCUCUUGAGCGCCGAGCAGCUAAAGCAAAAGGAAGAAUUGAUGAAGUAAAAGAACUGAAAAGAAUAUUUCAAAGGGCCUCUCCAGAAGACAAAGUAAAGUAUUGUAACGACAUGUGCAGAGAGCUGGAGAUGGAAAACCAAAAGGGAAGAACGCGCUCGGCGUUUCUCAAGCUGAAAGAACUGAAGAAAAGAUUCAAGCCUCGAGUUGCAAUAGUGAAGAAUUCCAUGGGGAAAAUAUUAAACGACGCAGGAAGCAUCAAAAGACGAUGGGAGGAAUACACAGAGUCAUUAUACCAAGAGGAAUUAGUCGAUAUUCAACCAUUUCAAGAGGUGGGAUAUGAUCAGGAACCGAUGGUACUGAAGGAAGAGGUCCAAGCUGCUCUGAAGGCAUUGGCGAAAAACAAGGCUCCAGGAAUUGAUGGAAUAUCAAUUGAGAUGUUUCAACAAACAGAUGCAGCGCUGGAGGUGCUCAGUCUUCUAUGGCAAGAAAUAUGGAAGACAGCUUCCUGGCCAACUGACUGGAAAAGAUCUGUAUUUAUGCCUAUUCCCAAGAAAGGUGAUCCAACUGAAUGUGGAAAUUAUAGAACAAUAUCGUUAAUAUCACACAGAAGCAAAAUUUUGCUGAAGAUCAUUCAAAAAUGGCUGCAGCAGUAUAUCAACAGGGAACUUGCAGAAAUUCAGGCCAGUUUCAGAAGAGGCCGUGGAACCAGGGAUAUCAUUGCUGAUGUCAGAUGGAUCCUGGAUGAAAGCAGAGAAUACCAGAAAGAUGUUUACCUGUGUUUUAUUGACUAUGCAAAGGCAUUUGACUCUGUGGAUCAUAACAAACUAUGGAUAACAUUGUGAAGAAUGGGAAUUCCAGAACACUUAAUUGUGCUCAUGAGGAACCUUUACAUAGAUCAAGAGGCAGUUGUUUGGACAGAACAAGGGAAUACUGAUUGGUUUGAAGUCAGGAAAGGUGUGCUUCAGGGUUGUAUUCUUUCACCAUACCUAUUUAAUCUGUAUGCUGAACAAAUAAUCCGAGAAGCUGGACUAUAUGAAGAAGAACCGGGCAUUAGGAUUGGAGGAAGACUCAUUAACAACCUGCGUAAUGCAGAUGACACAACCUUGCUUGCUGAAAGUGAAGAGGGCUUGAAACACUUACUAAUGAAGAUCAAAGACGACAGCCUUCAGUAUGGACUGCACCUCAACAUAAAACAAAAAUCCUCACAACUGGACCAAUGAGUAACAUAAUGAUAAAGGGAGAAAAGAUUGAAGUUGUUCAGGAUUUCGUUUUACUUGGAUCCACAAUCAACAGCCACAGAAGCAGCAGUCAAGAAAUCAACAGACGCAUUGCAUUGGGUAAAUCUGCUGCAAAGGACCUCUUGAAAGUGUUGAAGAGCAAAGAUGUCACCUUGAAGACUAAAGUGUACCUGACCCACGCCGUGGUAUUGUCAAUCACAUCAUAUGCAUGUGAAAGCUGGACAAUGAAUAAGGAAGACUGAAGAAGAAUUGACGCCUUUGAAUUGUGGUGUUGGCGAAGAAUAUUGAAUAUACCAUGGACUGCCAAAAGAACAAACAGAUCUGUCUUGGAAGAAGUGCGGCCAGAAUGCUCCUUAGAGGCAAGGAUGGCAAGACUGUGUCUUACAUACUUUGGACGUGUUGUCAGGAGGGAUCAGUCCCUGGAGAAGGACAUCAUGCUUGGCAGAGUACAGGGUCAGCAGAAAGAGAAAGACUUUCAAUGAGGUGGAUUGACACAGUGGCUGCAACAGUGAGCUCAAGCAUAACAAGGGUUGUAAGGAUGGUGCAGGACAGGGAAGUGUUUUGUUCUGUUGUGCAUAGGGUCACUAUGAGUUGGAACUGACUCGACGGCACCUAACAACAACAGCAUACAAAGAGUUAUAUACUGAAAAAUUUCUUCCCCAAAUACGUGCGUGGCUCACUUCCUCUCAUUUCUUUUAGGACUCUGUUCAAAUGUCCUGUAAAUAUUGUAGAGACUUUAAUUGACCAUAUGCUCCCCAGUCUUAUUUUUCUCCCCUGCUUUAUUUUUCUUCGUAUUACUUAUCGCCAUCUGAGAUUUAUUUGUAUGUUUAUAUGUCUUAUGCAAUUAAAGUGUAAUUUUCAUGAAGAUAGGAGCUUUUUGAACUGUGAACUACUUGUGUCUGCAUGUUAGAAUGAUGUACAUACAGAUGUUUUAUAAAUAUUUGUUGUAUGAAAUGACCAUUAAAACAGUGAUUACAGGGCAGGAGAAGAAAAUCUUUGGAUUAUGUGCUAGCAUAAAGAUAUUUGAGAAGAGAGGUAAACUGGGCUGUGGCGUUGCAGAGCACAUUAUUACGAAAGGUAAUUGUAGGAUAUUGGGCAGAACCUGUAUUAUCAGGUAGGACCUUGGAAGUUUCAUUUGUGAAUGAAUCAUAAUAUUUCUUUACAUGGCUUUCUUCUCGUCACAAAAGCCUAGUAAGAGGGAGGUCUUAUUUUUGGACUCGACGGCACUGGGUUGCUGGGUGUUUGCUUGUUUUAGCAUUGGAGGAAAACGGCACCCAAAGGAAAUGAGUUUGUUGCGAGGCCCCUGCUGAAUCACAGUCUCAGUAGGGCUUCGUCGUCUGUAGUUUUAUAAAGCCGUACAACUGAUUUGACACAGUCAAGGUUGAGGACCACUGUAUAUGACCACGUGAAACAGGAAUAUAAAAUGGAAAAAAAAAUCAUAGUUUCAAGUUGUUUUAUGAGUGUAGUUUCUGGGAAAAAAAAAUUUUAAAUCAAGUUGAGUUCGUGGAGUUUGGAAAGGUAUGCUGGGAUGUUGGUGUGGGAGUGCAAGCCACUUAGCUAAUCAGUAAGCUUAAUCAGCCAUUAGCAUUCACAUCUAAAAACAGCUUUACUCUCUAUAGACAAUAACUCUAUCGAAGCGAGAAAAACUUAGUUUCUUAGUAUAAAAUGGUUCUGAAAGAAUGUCGGUUGCCAGUGCUGAUGGUGAGACAAGAAAGUGAAGAGCUUUACGAGAGUGGUGAUUCUUAGUAUAAAUAUUGUGUAUUGUGGUGUUGGAGGGAUUUUAUGCUGUGUUUGUAGUCUUAAUUCAGGGGGAUUUCCCUGCAAUGUUAGCUGUACGCUUAUAUCUAAGUCAUUUUGUGCUGCGUGUUGUGCAAAAUUACAUUGUAUUGAAGUUGUAACUUAAAAAAAUGAGCUUAACUUGUUGUAUUUAGUCCCCCCUCCAUAAGCUAUGAAUUAUAAUACUACUUACUUAAUGUGGAAUUAAAAUAAUUUCUUAAAUUUUUCAUUUAAUAAAAAUGAUCUUUGUUUUUUGCCAUUUGAAAGUAAAAUAAAAAUUACAGUGUAGAAAUAAAUGAUAUGGACGUUAGUAGUUUUCUUACCUGGUAUAUGUUACUCAACUGAGAUUUUUUUAUUUGUAUAAUGUGAACAAAUCUUCAGUUGCAGUAAUUUGAAAUUUCUAUUAAGGCCUACUGGGAAACCUAUAAUCUUGUUUGAAGUCAGUAAUAUUUGUAAUCUUGUAGAUUCCAUUUGAUUUUGUUACGGAGGAGAUUAUUUAACUUUCCUCUAUAGCAUCUGUGAAGAGUUGUUUUAUCUGAGUGUAUGUAAAAGGAGAAAUGAAAGUUUGCUUUAAAAAAUGCAGACCUAAAAAAGCCUUAGAGUUGGCCAUCUACUUGCACACGUGGCUGGCGUUCCAAUAUAACAAAAUAUUUUUUUUUUUACAUGAUAACGUCUUACAGUUUAUAUGCUACUCUUUGUUUUUCAGGGAGAGCUCACUAAAGAUUGCAAGAUCUCCUUUGGUUAUCAGUACUUGAGGCUGAGUCAGAGUCUUUAAGAAGGGAGAAAUGAAGUAAACUGACAUAUAUUGAACGUCUGUUUUGAGCCAGAUUUUAUGCCAGGCUUUUUACAUGUUAACUGAUAGAAUCCUUGCAACACUCUUUUGAGGGAAUUAUAAGUGCAGCUAGUAUUCGUGAUUACAUUGUUCAAAAUUUACUUCUGUUUGCUUUUUAUACAGUCAGUCCUGAUAUAUCAGGACAUGUGGGUUCCUGAAAGCCACUGUGCUAGGCAGAAUUACUCAUUAAAAACCAUAGGAUUUAUGGGGAAAAUGGGUUCGGACACAGCACUCAAAACCUUCAUUAGUGACAGAUUAAGAACAAAGAUAGAAUCUAAUAAAAAUGGCAGCACAGUUUUGUAUAUGUCAGAUGGUUAACAAAUACAUAAAUACUACAAUAAAUACAGCAUUUGUACCUUGAAAAAGACCUGCAGUUUGCUUGUGAAAGUGGGCAUUGAAAGAAUUGCAGCUUGUGAGUUAUUGUGAAGUGGUUGAAGGAGGUUAUCUGACACCUGACAGAAAGUUAAAACACCAGAUGUAGAUGGGUGUGGCUCAUAACACACAAGGUGAACUGAAGUGGUAGAUGUUUGAGGUGUGUGCAUAUGUGCUAUGUUUUCCUCUUUGGCUGGUUUCAGCUCAGUGCAGUUUUCUACGUUCACCUAGUUUCUGAAGCAAACAUGAAAUAUGACAUACAUUGUGCUCAGACUGUUUGGUAAUAUCUCAAUAGUGUUGUAGCAAAUGGGUGUUUUCAAAACAAGUGUUAUAGUAAGAACUAACUACAUUAUCUUACAUAGUGAUGUAGAGAUCACAUAAUCAGUGUUUGGUUAGCUCUUACUUUACUCUGGAGCCCUGGUGGCGGCGUGGCUAAGAGCUCGGUUGCUAACCAAAACACCGGCGGCUUGAAUCCACCAGCUGCCCUUUAGAAACUGUAUGGGGUACCUCUACUGUGUCCUGUAGGGUCGCUCUGAGUCGGAAUUGACUCGAUGGCAGUGGGUUUGGUUUGAGUUUUCCUUUACUCUGGACUCCCUGGAUAGUUCAUUCAUUUUACAUGCUCGGCUGCAAACUGAAAGGUUGGUGGCUCGAGUUUACCCAUAGGUGCCUCAGAAGAAAAGUGUAGCGAUCUUUUUCUGAAAAUUAGCCAUUGAAAACUCUAUGGGGCACAGUUCUACUUUGACACACAGGGUCCCUUGAGUCGGAGCGGACUCGACGGCAACUGAUUUUCUUUUUCCUUACUCUGAAGUAUGGCCUUUUACUAAGCCAGGGCCCUAUUCUUGUAUCUAGUACCUGAGACCAUGUCACAUUUUUUGCCAUCCUCAUUGCUGCUACCACUGAAUGAUAAUGAAGGAGACUUAAGCCUCUUCCAACUAUUUUUUCUUUGUUAGAAACUUUAUACCUAGAGUAUCAAAAGUUUCACUCUAAUUCAUUCUAAAGAUUUUUGUGGAGAGGCUAAGAAAUGUUUUAAAACCAAAGAAAUAAAAUAUUAUGCAUUUGCUCAAUUUGUGUUUUUUUUCCUAAUUAUUGUACUUUAGAUGAAGGUUUACAGAACAAACUAGCUUCUCAUUAAACAAUUAGUAUACAUAUUGUUUUGUGACUUUGGUUACGAGCCCCAUGACACGUCAACACCUUCUCAACCUUGAGUUCCCUAUUACCAGCUUUCCUGUCCCCUCCUGCCUUCUCGUACUUGCCCAUGGUCUGGUGUGCCCCUUAAGUAUUCUCCUGUUUUAUGGGCCUGUCUAAUCUUUGGCUGAAAGGUGAACCUCAGAAGUGACUUCAUUACUGAGCUAAAAUGGUGUCCAGAGGCCAUACUCUCGGAUUUCUCCAAUCUCUGUCAGGGCAGUAAGCCUGGUCUUUUUUUGUGAGUUAGAAUUUUGUUCUACAUUUUUCUCCAGCUCUGUCCAGGACCCUCUUUUAAUGAUCCCUGUCAGGGCAGUUGGUCGUGGUAGCUGGGCACCAUCUAGUCGUGCUGGACUUGCUCUGGUGGAGGCUGUGGUAGUGGUGGUCCAUUAGUCCUUUGGACUAGCCUUUCCCUUGUGUCUUUGGUUUUCUUCAUUCUCCCUCGUUCCACAUGGGGUGAGACCAGUGGAAUAGCUUAGAUGGCCACUCACAGGCUUUUAAGGCUAAAGUAGAAUGUAGAAAAUCAAUUUGUGUUUUGAAACAAUUUUGAUCCUAAAAGGAAGAGAAGCCAGGUGUGAAAAGAACUAUAGAUUCAGAGCUGGAAAGUCUGGGUUUGAAUCCUUGCUCUCUGUUUGUUUGUUUUGAUUUUUUGGGAUCACUUAGCUUCUUUAGGAACUCUGGUGGCACGGUGGUUAAGAGCUUGGCUGCUAACCAAAAGGUCGGCAGUUCAGAUCCACCAGCCGCUCCUUGGAAACCCUAUGGGGGCAGUUCUACUCUGUCCUCUAGAGUUGCUAUGAGUCAGAAUCAACUUGAUGGUAACAGGUUUGGUUUUUGGUUUUUAGCCUCUCUAAGAGUCAGUUUACAAAUCUGAGUACAAAGAAAAAUAUAAUACUUCUUUGGCUUAGCUCACAGGGCAUGUAAUGAGAUACGUGUGAAAGUGCCUGGCAAAUGGUAAAGCGCAUGUAUUAGUACGUGCUGUGUUGUAGGUAUAGUCUAUUAUGAACUUUGGCUUUUUUUUUUAAUAACUUGACCUCAUCUUUGUUUUAUGUUAUCCUUACUGUGUAUUUUGUUUGAUGGUGUUUUGCUUUAUUUUUUGUAUGUUUUUCUCUUUUUAGGAAGGUUUGUGUUUUUUCCUAGCCUGUUACUUUUAUAUUAAUACUGUUUCAAAAUUCCCUUAGACAUCUUUUUUUCUUAUUUAGGUGUCUACUAUUUGGGUUGUCGUCUUUAUUUUUUCUUAUUUAGGUACCUACUAUUUGGAUUGUUGUCUUUAAAUUAAAUCCACUUAAUCUUACCUCUUCUGUGUGACACAGUGAAUGAGCUUAAUCUACUUUCUUCUUUCCUGUUUUUUUUUUUUAAGUUAUUUUUAAUUUGUAGGAGCAUAUUAUUUUACAGAUGAUUCUUGCGCAGCCAUCAACACCUUUUUUUAGAUUUACUUCUGUAAUUAAAUAUAGUUAAUACUCAUUGGCUGACCUUUUGCUGAUUUUUUUUCCUCCAAUCAUCUCUAAUUUGGAUGAAGCGCAUCAUCCCGUAGAUUCUUCAGGAAUGCUUGUGGAAGUAAUUCUUGAGUUCUUACAAAUUUGAACUGUUUCCCUAUACCCUUGAUAUUCGAAGAAAAGUUUGGCUGGACAUAAAAUCUUUGGCUCACACCUUAAGUUUCUUGACAAUAUUGCCUUGCUGUUGUCUUGCUUGUAUGUUGCCAAUAUCAACCUGAUUUUCUUUUCUUUGUAGAUGACUUGGUUUUUCUGCUUGGACAUUGGAGGGUUUUUUCUUUAUUUUUAAAAUUAAAUUGUUUUAUAGGUUUAUAGGUAUGUUUCUCUGUGUUGACUAUUCUGAGUAAAUUUUCCACAGGUAUGUGGUUUCAGCAUGUAGACUGAUGUUUUCUUUUAAUUCAAGAAAUUUUCCUGAAUUACGGUUUGACUAAUAGCUUUGUUCUAUUUUAACAUUCCCUUAUUGUAUUUUCUCUGCCUUUUUUUCUAUAUCACUUUUUCUUAGAUUCUUUUCACUUCUGUUUCAUUUGUUUGAGAACCAUUCCUAUUUUUAUGUCUCUUCACAGCAUAUCUAUUCUUUCUAGGGCAUCUUCUAAUUUAGUCUUCAUUUUUGAGAUGAUUUUCUAGUAUUUUUCUGUUUCUUUUCUGAGUCCAGUCUGUUCCCAUUUUAUAUCUUCCUGUAUUGUCCAAUCUAUUCUAAAUUUUUGUAUUUCUGAUUUGGUGUGUUCUUUCAUGUCUGCACAGUGAUUAAGAGCUUUGGCAAGGUACAGCUGGUUGGCAGUCCGAAUAAUCUACCAGCUUCUCCUUAGAAACCCUAUGGGGGCAGUUCUCUAUCCUGGGGUCACUGAGUCGAAAUCGAUUCUAUGAUAAAUUUUUUUUUUUAAUGUCUGCAUUCGUUACUUAAUUAUUUUUAAUUUGCACAGUGUUGUAUUGCAUCUAUACUGUUUAGAUAGCGUAGUUUUUGCUAUGUUCUUUAUCUACCAAAAAGUUUUUUUACUUCUUGUAAGUAACUUGGUACGGAUGCUAGUUUGUGCUAGAUUUUAUUUGUGCUAGAUUUUCCUGGACUAGCAAUAUAGGCAAUUUUAUUUUUGGAACAGAGUUUGGAUGGUUUACACAGUGUCUUAGUUCAAGACUACUGUCUUUUGUUGCCACAGUGAAAUACUGUUUUUUAAAUAAAUGGCCUUCCCCACUUAUAGUUCUGUCUUGUUUUAGUACGGUCCUUAUAUUCAUUUGUUUUCUUCUUUCCCUUCACCUUCUUUAAGUGACACCUUCUCCUAAAAUGCCACCCUCUCUCCCAAAAGUCUCUGCUAGGACUGACACCUUUAGUCCUCACUUUCUAAACCUUUUUUUUUUUUUUUUGAUUCCUCAGUGGCCAUUGGCUCUCAUCAUUUAUAUUUCAGAUCUGCUGUCAGUACUUGCUCUCAGUAUGGGACCCUCUCCUGAGGGAGAAUCCUAGUUAAUAUUACAUGUAUUCACCCACCAGUAGGACCUUGAUACAUUCUUUUCUCUUUUGGACAGUUCCCAUUGGAGCUUCGGUUUUGGAUGUUUAUACACUUACACGAGUAUGGGAACAAUACCUGUUUCAACCUCAGAGCGUCAGAAUGUCAAACGGACUUAAAGCAUUCGUAUAAGGAAGCUGGAAGAACAAAGAUGUUCAGCAGAUGUUAUGAACAUAAACAGUAUAGAAAUGGACUGAAGUUUUGUAAACAAAUCCUCUCUAACCCCAAAUUUGCAGAGCAUGGAGAAACUCUGGCUAUGAAAGGAUUAACAUUGAACUGUUUGGGGAAGAAGGAAGAAGCUUAUGAAUUGGUUCGUAGAGGUUUGCGAAAUGACUUGAAGAGUCAUGUGUGUUGGCAUGUUUAUGGCCUUCUCCAAAGGUCAGACAAGAAGUAUGAUGAAGCCAUUAAGUGUUAUAGAAAUGCGCUAAAAUGGGAUAAAGACAAUCUUCAAAUCUUAAGGGACCUUUCUUUACUACAGAUUCAAAUGCGAGAUCUUGAGGGUUACAGGGAAACGAGAUAUCAAUUACUUCAGCUUCGACCUGCGCAGAGGGCAUCAUGGAUUGGCUAUGCUAUUGCUUACCAUUUAUUAGAAGAUUAUGAAAUGGCAGCAAAGAUUUUAGAAGAAUUUAGGAAAACACAACAGACAUCCCCUGAUAAAGUGGAUUAUGAGUAUAGUGAACUCCUUUUAUAUCAGAAUCAAGUUCUUCGGGAAGCAGGUCUGUAUAGAGAAGCCCUGGAACACCUCUGUACCUAUGAAAAGCAGAUUUGUGAUAAACUUGCUGUAGAAGAAACCAAAGGGGAACUUCUGUUGCAAUUAUGUCGUUUGGAAGAUGCUGCUGAUGUUUAUAGAGGAUUACAAGAGAGAAAUCCUGAGAACUGGGCCUAUUACAAAGGCUUGGAAAAGGCACUCAAGCCAGCUAACAUGUUAGAAAGGCUAAAAAUUUAUGAGGAGGCCUGGACUAAAUAUCCUAGGGGACUGGUGCCAAGAAGACUGCCAUUAAACUUUUUAUCUGGUGAGAAGUUUAAGGAAUGUUUGGAUAAAUUCCUAAGGAUGAAUUUCAGCAAGGGUUGUCCACCAGUCUUCAAUACUUUGAGAUCAUUAUACAAAGAUAAAGAAAAGGUGGCAAUCAUAGAAGAAUUAGUAGUAGGUUAUGAAACGUCUCUAAAAAGCUGCCGGUUAUUUAAUCCCAAUGAUGAUGGAAAGGAGGAACCACCAACCACAUUACUUUGGGUCCAGUACUACUUGGCGCAACAUUAUGACAGAAUUGGUCAGCCACCUAUUGCUCUGGAAUACAUAAAUACUGCUAUUGAAAGUACACCUACGUUGAUAGAACUGUUUCUUGUGAAAGCUAAAAUCUAUAAGUGUCCAUUCAACCAGCUCCUGUACCCCUCUGCCUUCUCAUCUCACCUCUGGAGAGGAGCUGCCCAUUUAUUCUCACGGGUCUACUUGAGCUAAGAAGCACACUCCUUACCAGUAUCAUUUUCCAGUUGCAUUUAUCUUUAAUACUGAACUGUAUUCUGACUAAUUUGAAGAUUUUGGCUAUUAUUUACUCUUUGAUUAACAAUUAUUUUUUAGUAUUUACUAUGUGCCAGUCACUGUUCUAGGCAGUGGGGAUAUAGUAGUAGAUAAAACAGUUCAAACAAGUCUUUAUUCUCAGAGGGCCUACAUUCUAGUUGGACAGCUAACAGAACUUAUGGUGGAAUGCAUGCAUUUACAAUGAUUAGCAUUUUAAGAGUUAAAAGAAUACUUUUCUUCUAUUUGCUUUGUUAAUAAUUUAUCAGCAGAUAACUUAAUUUCUGAUAAUACAAUUAGAAUACUUACCAAUUUGUUUAACUU